GCGUAACUCCAAACUCGCAGCUCACGGUCUUCUCCGCAGAGCAAUGUGAUAUUGAAACUGGUGUAACGUACACCUGCUUUUUACCGGUAUUUUCCAGCGCCUUCAACAUAUUAACUGCUUGAAACGUCGAAACGCAGUUUCAGUCACCGGGAAACGGAACAGUUGUACUUCUCCUUUGUACAUUUGACAGCUGUGUGUGGAGUCACAGAAAGAGCCAGAAUCAUGAUGAAGAUCAGUCCUCAUUCACUCUUUCUCUUCGGUCCUUAACAAACAGACAUCACAACGGCCAUAGAGGAGGUUAAAAGGAGGGAGUUGAGCUCUUCCUCUGUGCAAACUUCAUCAUCAUCCUCUGCAUCUGCAAUGGAAGUUGCCCUGCGGCAGCAGAAAUAGUGAGAAAGAGAGAUGCAAGAGAAAAAGGACCAUCAGCCCAAAUCUGCCAGCAGCCUGGGAAAGGCUCAUCCUGCCCUGAAGGCCUUCAUGUGCGGCUCUCUCAGCGGCACCUGCUCCACUCUGCUCUUCCAGCCGCUGGAUCUGGUGAAGACCAGACUACAGACCCUGCAGAAUAACAUGCACCCAGGUGCUCCGAAAGUGGGGAUGAUUACAGUCCUUUUCAACGUGAUCCGUACAGAAAAGCUGCUUGGUCUGUGGAAGGGGGUUUCACCAUCAUUCAUGCGCUGUAUCCCGGGUGUAGGAAUCUACUUCAGCACAUUUUACUCACUGAAGCAGCAUUAUUUCCAGGAAGGAUCUCCGAGUGCUGGGGAGGCGGUUUUGCUUGGGGCAGGGGCUCGUUGUGUGGCAGGUGUAGCCAUGCUACCUUUCACAGUCAUUAAGACUCGUUUUGAGAGCGGGAGGUACAAUUACAUAAGUGUAGCUGGAGCUCUCAAAAGUGUGUGUCAGAAUGAGGGUCCCAAGGCUCUUUACUCCGGGCUUACAGCGACUCUGCUCAGAGACGCCCCGUUCUCUGGCAUCUACGUCAUGUUUUAUAGCCAGGCCAAGAAGGCUUUACCACAGGAAAUCAGCUCGUCAUCCAUUGCCCCUCUGGUUAAUUUUGGCUGCGGUGUGGUGGCUGGGAUUUUGGCUUCUCUUGCCACUCAGCCAGCAGAUGUGAUCAAAACCCACAUGCAAGUGAGCCCGGCGCUGUAUCCCAAGACCAGCGACGCCAUGCGCCAUGUUUAUGUUAAGCAUGGCCUGAGCGGGUUCUUCCGCGGGGCAGUUCCUCGUUCUCUGAGGAGAACCCUCAUGGCUGCAAUGGCCUGGACUGUGUACGAGCAGCUGAUGGCACGCAUGGGCCUGAAGUCCUAAAGACCCCGCUGCACUUCAUGUGUGCAUUCAGACUGUGCUUCAAGGGUGUUUCACACGAUGGCGAUCUGCCAUCUGUGAAGGGUUGAUAAAAACACUAGCAGCUACUGUUGGCUGAGCUACAGGUAGUGUGUCUGUGUCUGUGUAUUCAAGUGCAGUGAGUGUUUACCCAGUGACACCUCUGACAGUGACAUUCCCCAGUUCGCCCAAUUGUGAGUUUGUCUGUGUUUUGAGACAGAGGAAACCAAUGAAAUGCUAAACCAUGUGCCGUUGUCACAAAAAACACUUCUCUCAUAAGAUAAACAUGCCCUCCUAUGCAGCGUUUUUAAACCUUGUCAUCCUUUUUUAUUCGAGGAUGAGGUUCAGCGGGCAUUAGAAAACAUUCUGACAAUACUCCAGCACUCAGACAAUCAAACCCAAUUAGUCCAGGGCUGAAAACUGAGCUCACACCAACAAACACUGCUGUCAAUGAUGAUUGCGCGUCUCGAUGCGAUGAUUUGUGCUGUGCUACUGAUCUCCUGUGCUGUAGGACUGGAUGGACUUUUCAGUGUGUUGCAGUGCACUGGGUUUUAUUUUCUUGAGUGCUUCUGGGCACAGACAAAGCCAGGAUUUGUACAUAAUACAUUGUAAGAUUUUAGACCUGGAGAAACAUUUAAUAUAUAUUUUAAAAUAAGAGAAGUAGUGCUCUGCUUGGAAUGGAAAGGAUUUUUGCACAUAUCAUGGAGAAGUGGCAGUACUAAAUUAGCUGUUUGUACUUUUGGAUCAUACUGAUUGACUUUUGUUGUAUUGUGUAGUAAUCAGCGUGCUAAGAUGCCAUCGUAUCAUCAGUGUAAUGUUGCUUCUGCAUGACCCGUCAGGGUGAAUUUGAGGAAAUCUGCUAAAAAUGUGUCCAGAUAGUUGUUUACUCUUAAUAAAUGCAGAACCAGUACAAUAGAUAAGGGAAAUGAGGCCCAUUUGAGAUUAUUUUCAUCGUAUUUCGGAACAUUUUCUCCUUCAAUGCUUCUCAACUCAAUAAAUUCAGGUCAUUUUAUAUAAUAAUGUGAUUAUAAUUUAAUUAAGGAGAUACUUAUUGUUUACAACACUGAAAUAUUGAUUGUUCUGCCCCUAUUUAUUCGGAUUUUAAAUCAUUUUCAGUGUAACCUUUGAGAAUAAACUUAAAAAUAAAGAAAAAGCAGUAUAAUGAGAAUUUAAUGGAAAUAUUCUGGGUUAAAUAUUACCUGGGCACAGCUGAUUUGAAUGUUAUCACUCGAUUGAAUGGGCAUUAUCAGCUGAUAGAUAUAGACCAGUAGGGGCCUUCUGCGCCUACUAGUAGGCUCAGAAGGCUGUUAUCAUCCAUCCACAUGGUUAAUCAGCUAUAGAUCACAUACGGCUGAAUUAUACAUAACGAGAAUUAUAUAUUUUGUUUAUUAAAUUUCCCAUUUAUUGUAGUUUAUUAACGUUUACCCCUAACCCAACCAUCAAAGUAAUGUAAAAACGGAUCUGGAUCUGUAGUCUUCUCUAUUAGUAUAGCUGAUUAACCAUUUGGAUGGAUGGUAAAGCUUUCUGAGCCUACCAGUAGGCAGAGAAGGCCCCUACUGACCCAUAUCUAUGAGCUGAUAACCACUGAUAACGCCCAUUCUAUUGAGUGAUAAUGUUCGAAGCAGGUGCUGGGCAUGAUUUCAUGAAAUUCACCCUUUUCUCAUUCUCUUGGUGAUAGUUGUUUGCAUUUGCCACUUAAAUACACUAGGUCUAUGCUUUGCACACUGGCCAAUGUUGAUCCCAAUAAGACUAAAUGUUUUUAUUUUUCUGCAGAUACCAUAAUCAUAUUUCAUCAAGUGUGUUUGACCAUUUAAAUUUAAUAAGUUGAUGUGCUCAACUUAUUAUAAUAACCAAAUUCAAUUCCAUUAAUCAUUUUAAAAAGUCUAGAUUAAAAUCGCAUUGGCUUGUCCCACAUUAUAUACUACAAAAUCUAUUUAAAACCCAUAUUAAGACUAUAAAAGACUUGUGGAGCCAAAUGAUACAUUAGUUUUAUGUCAAGUUUUGAAUCUACUGUCAAAGCACUUUAAAUUCAGUGAAGUCGACUGAACCGGGCUUGUUUGGGUGUGUGUUGGUCAAAUGUUGCUAUAUAAGCCAUUGUGCUCUUGUGCUGUACUGUGGAGAUGUUCUUUGCCUUCACACAAUCAGUAUUGUCUGUAUUUCUUAUGGCCAUUUAUUGUUGGUAUUUUUCUGUAUGUGAGAAUAUUUGCACAUGCAAAUGUCGUGCCUGUAUGAAUAUGUCAAUAAAUCUGCCCCGUUUUCUACAUAA